CUUUAGCGCCGUGCAUCUCCGAGUCAGUCAGUCAGUCAGUCAGUCAUUGAGUCAGUCAGUCGUGGUGAAUCGGGUCGCUCGGGUACGCGCGAGAGAUAUCGCCGCUCGCUCUCUCCGUAUACCGUGUGUAACUACACUUUACUCUCGCCUCUCUUUUUCUCUUUCUCUCUCCCUCUUUCUAUUUCUGCAUCCCGUAUACCCGCGUUUCUUCAUUAUUUUGCGUCUCUCUUUUUCUCUCUCUUUUCCGCUUCUUUUCGCUCGCGCUCUGACGGUGGUGACCGGGUCGCGCGUCACGGAUUCUCCGCUUCUUUUUCUCUCCCUUUCUCUCCACGAGAGUGCAUCGUCCAAGUAUCCCGCGACGCCUCACUUUCCGCGUUCUGCGCGUUUUACGGGUUGCGAGGAAACGCGAUUGUCAGCGAGACGAUGCGACGAGAUCGCCGGGGCUUCAGGUGUUGCUGGCACGAGAUUAGAGAAAGGAGGGAGAUAAGGAGAGAAAAAAGUUUACCUAUGGAUGAUAAUAGUUAAGUAACCGGUCGCGCGAUCGAUCACGAACGAACCAAAGAAGUGCAGUGAGCAACCAUACCAAAUCGAUACCAAAAGAAGGAAUUUAGCUCGAGUGAGGGGAAGGAAGGAAGGAAGGACAAGGUGGAAGGAAGGACUUUCGCGAGAUGACGCGGUGAGGGGAGAUCCGUUUAAAAAGAAACGAAAAAUAAGAAAAAAAAAAAAAAAGAAAAAGGGAAGAAGGCGAGAAGAGAGGAAAACGCGGGGUGGCGUGCGGCCUCGGGGGGGUGUGCGUGUGUGAAAGAUAAAAAGCCGACGAGAUAAAUCGGUCCACGGUGACGAGUGAAAGUAGAGCGGGCAAGCAGCCGGGCAAGAUGAUGAAGAAGGAGAAACCGAUGAUGUCGGUGACGGCCAUCAUCCAGGGGACUCAGGCCCAGCACUGGGCACGUGGCGGCAACAAUUGGUUGAGUUUGGAUAGCAAUAUGUCCAUGUCGUCAGUCGGUCCUCAGAGCCCCCUCGACAUGAAACCAGACACAGCUCUUAUCAAUCAAGGGAACUAUAGUCCAUCGGGUCCCAACAGUCCGGGCAACCUCCUGAGUACAUCGCCGAGUGGUCAGAGCAAGACGGUCGCGCCUUAUCCGCCUAAUCAUCCUUUGUCGGGCAGCAAACAUCUGUGCUCGAUCUGCGGCGACCGUGCAAGCGGUAAACACUACGGCGUCUACAGUUGCGAGGGGUGCAAGGGUUUUUUCAAGAGAACCGUGCGUAAGGAUCUAUCGUAUGCCUGUCGCGAGGAGAAGUCCUGCAUUAUUGACAAGCGGCAGAGAAAUCGUUGUCAAUACUGCCGGUAUCAGAAGUGCCUGGCGAUGGGGAUGAAGAGGGAAGCAGUGCAGGAGGAACGUCAACGCACCAAGGAGCGAGAUCAGAGUGAGGUGGAGAGCACGAGCAGUCUAUAUGCGAACAUGCCAAUCGACCGCAUCCUCGAGGCGGAGAAACGGGUCGAAUGUAAGAUGGAGCAUCUGGGAAAUUAUGAGAAUGCGGUCUCGCACAUUUGCAACGCCACCAACAAACAACUGUUCCAGUUGGUGACAUGGGCGAAGCACAUCCCGUACUUUACAACGUUGCCGCUAGUGGAUCAAAUGCUUCUACUCAAAGCUGGCUGGAACGAAUUGCUAAUAGCCGGCUUCUCCUAUCGUUCCAUCGAAAUGAAGGACUGCAUCGUUCUGGCAACGGGCACCACGGUGCAUCGAACUUCGGCGCUACAGGCAGGCGUGAUAACGAUAUUCGAUCGCGUGCUCUCGGAACUAGUGUCGAAAAUGCGUGAGAUGAAAAUGGACAGGACCGAACUCGGAUGCCUUAGAUCCAUUAUUCUCUUCAAUCCUGAUGCACGAGGUCUCAAGUCUAUUCAGGAAGUUACCUUGCUGCGCGAGAAGAUCUACGCCGCUCUAGAGGAAUAUACCCGCGUGUCUUGGCCGGACGAUCCCGGCAGGUUCGCCAAACUGCUGCUCCGCCUACCAUCCAUUCGUUCGAUCGGUCUUAAGUGCACGGAGCACUUGUUCUUUUUCAAGCUUCUCGGCGAGGAGCGGGCGGAAGUCGAAGACUUCCUCAAGGAGAUGCUGGAGUCACCGUCGGAUCCUUAGGAGCAGAAGGUGUGCCGCGUCUUGGGGCACACCGAUCUGUGAAAGGAAAACCAAGAGGAAGAGGACGACAAAAGAGAAAAUAGGAGUCCGCAUUCAAGUCGAGUUUUUCAUUCGAGAUGUUAGACAAUUUCUGUAUUGUGACGCCUUCCCAGCGCCACAAUACAGAUUAUCGCGCGUCGAGCGAGAUGGAAUUUACUUACUUCUCUUCAUCGCUAUUCUUACCUCCUCCUUUACCCCUUCCUGUUAUUUAUGUUUUUGUUAAAGCUUUGCGACUCUCGUGUCCAGCAUAAGGAGGCGGUUUUGAUUAAUCGAUUUGUACUGAACAUACAUAUGCGAAAAAAAUGAUAUGUAUAUAGGAUAUGUACAUGCCUUAUACGGCUUGUAUACGCGCUGUAGUACGAUUUGAGUGCGAUAAUUGCUGUAAUAUAAUUCAGGCUUUUGAAAUCGUUGAUCGGUCAUUAGUUAAUUUAUCGAACCGAUUAAAUUUAAUAACACAUGAAGAUCGAUCACAUCUUACAAAUGCAAGAUUGAUAGAAAAUUUAGUCUGAUAUUUGACAGAUAAAUCAAUGGAUGUCUUGAUUGGAGGUGUUAAUUUACGAAAAGCUUUAGGUAGAUAAAUAUAGUUUCAUCUAUAUAUACAAAUAUCGUCAACAACAAUCGCUGCCUCUUUAAUCUGUGACAUGUGUCGUGCCAUUAUCCGAGCGAAAAUCACGUUUCCACGCGAUAUUUCGUGCUGACGAUCGAUCCUUGUUUCGGACAGACAUCGCGUCUUCGUCGACUGCACUUUUCAUAAAAGUUCCUAGAAUGAUUUUUCUUUUUUUUUUCUAUUUUUGCACUUUAUUACAUUUUGUCUUUUUUUAUCUCGUUAUUUCUCUCUUUCUCUUUUUUUCUUUCUUGCGUAUUAUGGAUCGUUUUAGCGAUUUUGAUUUUCGGCGAGCUUGAUGAAGACGCGAUCUGUGCUUGCGAGUUCUCGGACACCUUUACAUUCCAACUCUGCCUCGAUUCGAAUCGUUAUUUUAAAAGAGCUACUUUAUUGCAUAUAGAUAUAUAUACAUACACUUGCAUCAGUGCGCGA